UAGCCAGUUAGUUAGCCGGUUGGCAGUUCAUUCAUUCGUCUUGAGUUUGUUUGAGUUGCCGUCUAGAUAGAUGUCGUAGUCGCCGCUUUUCGGUCGCCGUCUCAGUCGCUGUCAGCGUAGCGGCGCUUCGUCCGCAGUUAACUUCUCGCUGUUAACGUGGCUAUAAUUGCAAGACGCAAGAAAGCAGUUUUAAUUGUUGUAAACAAGCGCGCGAGUUCGGUUCACUUGGCAAUAAAAUAAAAUAUAAAAAACGACCAAAAGUUCUCCGCGAGUUGUUCAAUCAUCAUUUGUUACUAUUGUUGAUAGAGGUCGUGAAUUUUGCUUGAAACAAAAAACAGUUUAAAAGUUAUGACCCAGUUGACGCCAAGUAUAAAUAAACUAGCAAUAAAUUGCUUAAUUAGUAAAGUGUGAAAUCAUAAACAGGUCUAAAAAGUAGGCCUUAAAUUAACUUAUAAACUGUGCUUUUUCAUAAAUAGACAGCCGAAGGAGAUUGCUAAGAUAAAUUCCCCCCACAAGACAGCAAAAAACAGCAAAUAAAAAAAUAAAAAAAACCAUACAACAAAUAUGAAUAUAUAAAAAAAAAAAAGUGAAAAAAGAAGAGUUUUAAUGGCAACGAUCAAUAUUUGAACAACAAAUCAGCAAUGAGAGCGGCUGUAUCUGCGAGAUACAUUUUUCUACUGGCCAGAGAUGCGAUGCGCGAUGCGUAAGGCGAAUGAAUUAACACCGAUGCGUUAACACAAUUAGUUGAAAAGUGAAAAACGACAUAAAGUAGGGAGGCGAGAGAUUAAAUACAAAAUAAAAUCUAUAUGCCAGGCUCUGGGAGUGCCGACAAAAAGCGGCCCAGCAAAUUUGCAACUUUACACUCGUCGGGCGUUUUCAGUCGCGAAAUGAAGCUCCAGCACCGCGGCUGACUCGAAGAAAUCUAAAAAAAACAACUGUGUCUAGCUUAGAAAUUACAUAAAUUUCAAAAGUGUUAAGAAUAUAAUAUAGAAAACAAAACAUUCUAAGCCAUGGCUGAAUUGUUGAAAGCUCUUAACUUUACGGGCAACCUGCUGGCAGGUCUCGAAGACAACAGUGGCAGCAGCAAUCUUACGGCUGCCACUACCACAUCUGAAGGCCUCAAUGCCACCACAAUGGCCUUGAAUGCCACCUCUACCACCACAUCGGCGAGUAGUGGCGAAAAACUCGAUCUUGGCGGCUUCGAUCUGCCGGGCAACUACUCCAUACUCAUUAACAAACUUGAGCAACUGGCCUUGGGCUUGGACUCGGCCCUGGGAAAUUUCACCAUCGAUCGCCAGGAGGUCGAGAUUAAUCUGAGUGGUGCCACGGCCAACGAUGUAGCCGAUGUGGCCGACGAUCUAUUGGAUGUACUGCCAGCAGCCAGAGCUCCACCGCCUCAUAUAGCCCAUGGAUCUAGGAUAUAUACGGGCGACGAUCAACAGGACUUUGCCCAUGUGGUCAGCGAUAUCUGGAUAGGAGUUAUCCUAACACUGCUCAUUGUCUUUGUGAUAUUCUUCAUUUGUGCGUGUUUUGUGUAUCACAAGUUUCAGCAGUGGAAGAAUUCAUACCGUGCCAAUCACAGUGAUCCCACAAUUGAAAUCUGCCGCCGCUGCCCGCCCGACUAUGAGGCGGAAUCCCUGCCCUCGUACACCAUUGUGUCUGGACUGCCCACUUACGACGAUGCCCUCGAGGAGUUCCGCAAGGCUGGCAUCAUCUUAACGCCUGCCGUGGUGCCCAUUAUCAAGAUAUUUGAGUGCAAUGACAAUGGCAAGGAGCAAGCUGUAGGCUAUAGCCUGGUGGAGACCAACAUAUCUGCUGUGGAUGGUGGUGACAGCGUAUCCAUAGGCUCUGCCGCCGCUGCCUGCAACUGUGGCAACACCUCGCCCACAGGCUCACUGCCCAGUUAUAGUGCCGCCACAGCGGCUGCCAUGGCCGUGGCGGCGGCUGCUCCGCCCCAGGUGAUCGAGUUGUCGCCCGAGCACCUGGCCUCGCUCUCCCAGAAGCGUCUCUCGCUGCAGAUCUCAUUUAAUAAUUCGGUGCGUCGCCAGUCGCCGCUCCGGAAUCAUCUCCUGCGCUCUCGGGCGGUGGGUAACACGGCCGGAAUGGGUCCCAUUGAGGGAACAUCGCCAGGUGGCGUGGUCACAGUGUCCACCAGUCACGGGUCUGGGCUAGGAACCGGCAGUGCCGCCAUUCUGCCUGCACCCCUGCAUCGCUCCUCGUCGACGCUUUCGCUGUCCAACGAACGCCAGUUGCUGGAUCAACGUCUCAGGCAUCUGCAUCAUCGCGGAUCCCUUUACUGAGAACCGUGAUCGAGCAUCUCAACUGCCUGAUAAAUCCUUCUUCCUAAAGUGUAUUCCUUACGUACUUAACCCAAGAGUUUUCUUAGUUUUUAAGACACACACACAGACACAAUAAACAUAUGUUAUUUCAUUUA